AUGAACGGAGCCUAUGCCAACGGGAACGCCAAUGGCUACAAUGGCCACGUCAAUGGCAAUAUGCCACAAGUUGGCCUCCAGUCCGAAAAGGCCGACCCCAAUGGUACGAACGGCCACUCCUACCUUCCCACCCACCACAACAAGAAGACCCGCGGCAUCCAGGCCGAGGGCGAAUCCGGCCGCCGCGGAGUGCACCCAGGAAAGUUCUUCAAGAUCAACUUCCGGUCCGGCUCCACGCUUUCUGCAUGCACAAACGUGCUAUGGCCAUUCGUACCCGCUGCCAUAGUCCUCCACUUUGUCGCCGGCGAUCAUCAUGCCUGGACGUUCGCUACCGCAUACGUUGGCAUGGUCCCAGCGGCGGCCCUGCUCGGAUUUGCUGGACAAGAGUUUGCACGCAAGCUGCCGACGGUGGCAGGUGUGGUCAUUGAAAGCUUGUUUGGAAGCAUUGUCGAGAUCAUCCUCUUCAUGGUCCUGAUCGCCAGGACUGACCCAAACGCAAUGCCCGGCGAGGGCAAUCUCGAGGGUGUGCUUCAGGCGGCUAUUCUGGGUUCGAUCCUUGCAAAUCUGCUUCUCUGCCUGGGGUGCGUGUUCAUCGCUGGUGGCAUUCGUCACAAGUCGCAGAAGUUCUCGCCCGUCAUCUCCGAAGUGGGCUCUGGAGUUAUGCUGGUCGCGGGUUUUGCGCUCUUCAUUCCGAGUGCUUUCUACUCAGCUCUCCGUGGCGCUCUCACCCAGGGCAGCGAAGGUGAAGAGGGCUACACGAUCGAGAAAUUGACGCACGACACGUUGGGCAUCAGUCAUGGCGUGGCAAUCAUUUUGAUGAUUGGGUUCGUGGUGUAUCUGGUCUACAAUACAGCCAGUCACGAUAACUUCCUUGGCGAAGUCCUCAAGGCCGACGAGGAAAAUGACCGCGAUCGCCACAAGGAUUUGCGAAAGGAGAAAUUGACAAUGACGGAGUGCAUUAUUGCCAUUGCGAUUUCGCUGACCUUUGUGGCUCUUUUGGCGGUGUUUCUGGUAGAGGAAAUUGAAUACUUGGUGCACGACCGACACGUACCUGACAACUUCCUGGGUCUGAUCCUCGUCCCCCUGGUGGAGAAACUCGCCGAGCAUCUCACAGCAAUCGACGAAGCCUGGGACAACCAAAUGAACUUCGCCAUCUUCCACUGCGUCAGCUCGUCGGUUCAGACAGCGCUGUUCAACGCUCCUCUGGUCGUCAUCGUUGGUUGGGGUCUAGGCAAGGGAUUCGACCUGAACUUUGAGAUCUUUAUGGCCGUCCUCAUGUUGUUGAGCAUCAUAGCCGUGGGACAGUUUCUGCGGGACGGCGAAAGCAAUUGGCUCGAGGGCGCCCUUCUGGUAAUGGUUUACAUUACGAUCGCACUCUGCGCGUGGUACUAUCCGAACGCAGAUAUCACAAGCUCAAAUGGUGUUACAUCUACAGUGGAAUCGGGAGCCGCGCAUGCUGCUCGAAUGCUGCUGAAGCCGUGA